AUGAAGCUUCCCUUCUCACUCACCGCCAGCGCGGCGCUCUGUGUAGCUGCUGGAUCAGCUCUCUCCAUCGACCGCCGCGAGCCAUACCAGAUCUACAGGUUCCCUGGGAGAAUCCCCGGGCUUGGAGGGAAUGAAGCGCAGCAGGAUGUCGGGUCGACGUGGUCGUCGGGAGUCAACAUCCCUCUCGAAGUCUGGCGAAGGGGAAAGACUGAUCUUCAGUGGGUGGGUGAGAUUAGUGUCGGGACUCCCCCGCAGAGAUUCAAAGUCAUCUUUGACACUGGCUCACCUUACCUCCUCCUCCCGCGGGACAAUUGCACGACAUGCUCCCCAGAGCAGAACUUGUUCAACCCUUCUUUGUCCUCGACGUUUUCUUCCAGUCCGGGGAUUCCGCUGCAGCUGUUUUUUGGGACGGCGGGCGGGGGGACGAGGCCGACGAAUACCUCCCAGGGAGCGAACUGCACGGCUGUUACGGAUACGGUCGCCAUCUCCUCCCCUCCUAUCACUGGCUAUGACCAGCAGUUUCUGCUUUGCGAUUAUUACUCCUCUGGCUUGGCGACCCAACCAGCAGAUGGCAUCUUCGGGCUCGGACCUUUACCGACAGACUUUUGGCCAGACCAGGCGAGUAACACGACGGCGGAGUUUGAGACGGCGUAUUGGAACUGGAUCAACAACACUGGUGGUGAUCUUGGGCCGGAGUUUGGGUUUUAUCUGUUGGGGCCAAAACCGCAGUUGACGGUUGGGGGGACGGAUGCAAGGUUGUAUUACCCUUCUACCGUCCGCACCAUCGGCCUUGAUGUUCAGCUUUCGAUUAUGAGGGCGAGUUGGGUUGCGGGGUUGAGAGCGGUUAGAGUCAACAGCCAGUACCUCCUGAGCAACACCAGUUCUGCAAUCCGUGACGACGUCACGCUGCUGGACACGGGGUCGGCGAUUGUUCUCACGCCUGAUUUCACCACCGCGGCGCAAAUCUACAAUUUUCUCUCGCCUGAGAUUGGGCCGCUGGAUAAUCUUGGGAGUUGGGGAGGGCCAUGUGAAGUGUUGGAUGAGAUCGCCUGGACGGAAGAUAUCACUUUUACGGUUGGGACUGGGGAGAGGUCGGUGGAGGUGGGGUUGGUGAAGGGGGCUUUUAACCUGGGGGUGUUUGAUGACUCUAGGCCCGGGAUCUGUCAAGCGGUGUUUGUCAGCCCGACGCAGACGGCGAGGGAGCCGAUUAGGGGGAGGCUGGCGUGGGUUUUGGGGACGCCGGUGUUGAAGGGGUAUUAUACUGUUUGGAAUGGGAGGGAGAUGGAGGUUAGGUUUGGGGAGUUGAAGACGGGGAGAGGUGGGGAGUGGGUUAAGGGCAAUGGGAAGAGGGGGAAGGGGUGGGGGAAGGGAUUUGGGAAGGGGAAGGGGAGGGGGGUCUGGGGGCUUUAG